GACUUAGCUAUUAUAGAUUGGUAGUAAUUCCUUAAUUUGAUACUUUUUUGUUGAGCCUGGGCAGAACAGAAGGUGGAGGACAGAGCCACUGGUGUGGACAGCCACCUGGAAUGCAGCAGAACAACUGUUGGGGGGUGUCUUCUGGGAAUGAUAGGUAAAGGCUGUCAUCAGGGGUCCUGUGGACAGGCUCUCCAGAAGGUGUGUUUCCCCUUGGCCUUGAAGGACACGUGCUGUUGCCCAGUGGAGUGGUGUCAGAGGCAGCAGGAACAAAAGCACGGGAGUGGGAGGGAAGAGCCGCCAUCAGUCAUGCUGUUGAAUGGGGACUGCCCGGAGAGCCUGAAGGAGGAGGAAGGAGUGGCUGAGCUGCCUAGGGAAAAUGGGCUGGAUGAGGCCGAGCCAGGAGAUGAGGCCACUGGACAGGAAGUCAUUGUCAUUCAGGACACUGGCUUUUCUGUGAAGAUUCUGGCCCCUGGAAUUGAGCCCUUCUCCCUGCAGGUGUCCCCCCAGGAGAUGGUCCAGGAGAUCCACCAGGUGCUCAUGGACCGGGAAGACACCUGUCACCGCACCUGCUUCUCGCUGCACCUGGACGGCAACAUGCUGGACCACUUCUCAGAGCUGCGCAGUGUUGAGGGGCUGCAGGAGGGCUCGGUGCUCCGUGUGGUGGAAGAGCCGUACACAGUGCGUGAGGCCCGCAUCCAUGUGCGCCAUGUCCGAGAUCUGCUCAAGAGCCUGGACCCGUCAGAUGCCUUCAACGGGGUUGACUGCAACUCCUUGUCCUUCCUGAGUGUCUUCACUGAUGGCGACCUGGGAGACAGCGGGAAGCGGAAGAAGGGCUUGGAGAUGGAUCCCAUCGACUGCACGCCGCCCGAGUACAUCCUGCCAGGGAGCCGGGAGCGGCCCUUGUGCCCCCUGCAGCCCCAGAACCGUGACUGGAAGCCCCUGCAGUGCCUGAAAGUGCUCACUAUGAGUGGCUGGAACCCGCCCCCCGGGAACCGCAAGAUGCACGGGGACCUCAUGUACCUGUUCGUGAUCACAGCUGAGGACCGGCAAGUCAGCAUCACUGCGUCCACACGGGGCUUUUACCUGAACCAGUCCACCGCCUAUCACUUCAACCCCAAACCUGCCAGCCCCCGCUUCCUCAGCCACUCCCUCGUGGAGCUGCUCAAUCAGAUCAGCCCGACCUUCAAAAAAAACUUCGCCGUGCUGCAGAAGAAAAGGGUCCAGCGCCACCCGUUCGAGAGGAUCGCCACCCCGUUCCAGGUGUACAGCUGGACAGCACCCCAGGCAGAGCACGCCAUGGACUGUGUGCGUGCAGAAGACGCCUACACCUCGCGGCUGGGCUACGAGGAGCACAUUCCUGGACAGACCCGGGACUGGAAUGAGGAGCUUCAGACGACAAGGGAGCUGCCCCGCAAAAACCUCCCUGAGCGGCUGCUGCGAGAAAGAGCCAUAUUCAAGGUGCACAGCGACUUCACGGCAGCUGCCACACGAGGUGCCAUGGCAGUAAUCGACGGCAACGUGAUGGCCAUCAACCCCAGCGAGGAGACCAAGAUGCAGAUGUUCAUCUGGAACAACAUCUUCUUCAGCCUGGGCUUUGACGUCCGUGACCACUACAAAGACUUUGGCGGGGACGUGGCUGCCUACGUAGCCCCCACCAAUGACCUGAACGGUGUGCGCACGUACAACGCAGUGGACGUGGAGGGGCUGUACACGCUGGGCACGGUGGUGGUGGACUACCGCGGCUACCGGGUGACGGCACAGUCCAUCAUCCCCGGCAUCCUGGAGCGGGACCAGGAGCAGAGUGUCAUCUACGGCUCCAUCGACUUCGGCAAGACGGUGGUGUCGCACCCCCGGUACCUGGAGCUGCUGGAGCGCACCAGCCGGCCCCUCAAGAUCCUGCGGCACCGGGUGCUCAACGACCGCGAUGAGGAGGUGGAGCUCUGCUCCUCCGUGGAGUGCAAGGGCAUCAUCGGCAAUGAUGGGCGCCACUACAUCCUGGACCUGCUGCGCACCUUCCCCCCAGACCUCAACUUCCUGCCCGUGCCCGGCGAGGAGCUGCCCGAGGAGUGCACCCGCGCCGGCUUUCCCCGCACCCACCGGCAUAAGCUCUGCUGCCUGCGCCAGGAGCUGGUGGACGCCUUCGUGGAGCACAGGUACCUCCUCUUCAUGAAGCUGGCUGCCCUGCAGCUGAUGCAGCAGAAGGCCAGCAAGCCGGAGAAUCCCACCUCACUGGAAAACGGCGGCCCCCCUUCCCCUGAGUCCAAAUCUGCAGACUCCCCAGGAUCCGAGGCAGGAAGUGAGGAGGAGGGCGGCAGUGCUAGCGGCCUGGCCAAGGUGAAGGAACUGGCGGAAACCAUCGCCUCAGACGACGGCACAGCAGACCCUCGGAGCCGGGAGGUGAUCCGUAAUGCGUGCAAGGCAGUCGGCUCCAUCAGCAGCACGGCCUUCGACAUUCGCUUCAACCCAGACAUCUUCUCGCCAGGAGUUCGCUUCCCUGAAUCCUGCCAAGAUGAGGUUCGGGACCAGAGGCAGCUGCUGAAAGAUGCAGCUGCCUUCCUGCUGUCUUGCCAGAUCCCCGGCUUGGUGAAGGACUGCACGGACCACGCGGUGCUGCCCAUGGACGGGGCCACGCUGGCUGAGGUGAUGCGCCAGCGCGGCAUCAACAUGCGCUACCUGGGCAAGGUGCUGGACCUGGUGCUCCGGAGCCCGGCCCGCGACCAGCUGGACCACAUCUAUAAAAUAGGCAUCGGAGAACUCAUCACCCGCUCGGCCAAGCACAUCUUCAAGACAUACUUACAGGGAGUCGAGCUCUCAGGUCUUUCAGCUGCCAUCAGCCAUUUCCUGAACUGCUUCCUGAGCUCCUACCCCAACCCUGUGGCCCACCUGCCCGCUGACGAGCUGGUCUCCAAGAAGAGGAAUAAGAGGAGGAAAAACCGGCCCCCAGGGGCUCCGGACAACACAGCUUGGGCCGUCAUGACCCCCCAGGAGCUCUGGAAGAACAUCUGCCAGGAGGCCAAAAACUACUUCGACUUCACGCUGGAGUGUGAGAGCGUGGACCAAGCUGUGGAGACCUAUGGCCUGCAGAAGAUCACACUGCUGCGGGAGAUCUCCCUGAAAACCGGUAUCCAGCCGCCACAAGCCUGCCUUCACCGAGGAGGACGUGCUCAACAUCUUCCCUGUGGUCAAGCAUGUCAACCCCAAGGCCUCGGAUGCCUUCCACUUCUUCCAGAGCGGGCAGGCCAAAGUACAGCAGGGCUUCCUGAAGGAGGGUUGCGAGCUCAUCAGUGAGGCCCUGAACCUGUUUAACAACGUGUACGGAGCCAUGCACGUGGAGAUCUGCGCCUGCUUGCGCCUCCUGGCCCGCCUCCACUACAUUAUGGGCGACUACGCCGAGGCCUUGAGUAACCAGCAGAAGGCAGUGCUGAUGAGUGAGCGAGUGAUGGGCAUUGAGCACCCCAAUACCAUCCAGGAAUACAUGCACCUGGCCCUGUACUGCUUCGCCAGCAGCCAGCUGUCCACGGCACUGAGCCUGCUGUACCGUGCCCGCUACCUCAUGCUGCUCGUGUUCGGGGAGGACCACCCCGAGAUGGCGCUGCUAGACAACAACAUCGGGCUGGUGCUGCACGGGGUGAUGGAGUACGACCUAUCACUGCGCUUCCUGGAGAACGCGCUCGCCAUCAGCACCAAGUACCAUGGCCCCAAGUCCCUCAAGGUGGCUCUCAGCCACCACCUUGUGGCCCGAGUCUACGAGAGCAAAGCCGAGUUCCGGUCAGCCCUGCAGCAUGAGAAGGAAGGCUACACUAUCUACAAGACCCAGCUGGGUGAGGACCACGAGAAGACCAAGGAGAGCUCCGAGUACCUCAAGUGCCUGACCCAGCAGGCAGUGGCCCUGCAGCGCACCAUGAACGAGAUCUACCGCAGCGGCUCUAGCGCCAACAUCCCGCCUCUCAAGUUCACAGCUCCCAGCAUGGCCAGUGUCCUGGAGCAGCUCAAUGUGAUCAAUGGGAUCCUCUUCAUUCCUCUCAGCCAAAAAGACUUGGAGAACCUGAAAGCCGAGGUGGCGCGGAGGCACCAGCUCCAGGAGGCCAGCAGAAACAGGGAGAAGGCUGAGGAGCCCAUGGCCACUGAGCCUGAGCCAGUGGGGGCCCCCGAGGACACGGGUUCCCAGCCCCAAGCCGCCAAGGACCCUUCUUCCCCGAGCCUGCAGGGAUAGACAAGGAGAGACAGACGGACAGUCAGCGGCCCCGUGACCCAGUGAUCCAGACUCCGCGAGAAGGGGGCGUGCCCUGCAGAUCAGGAGAGGAAGCCAGUCCCUGUUCUGUGUUCCAACCCCACCCCACCCCAGCGUCUUCCUGGGACCCCGGCCUGGCCUGCCUGCCCUAAAAGAUGUUUUUGCACUGGUUCAAUGAAUAUGUGAUGCAGAGGCCUAACCGAAGACACGUGAAUGGAAUGUGUGGGCACCAGUUCCAGGCUUGGGGGCAGGUGCCCUGCAGGCCCCCCACCCUCAAGCAGGUGUGUGCGAGUGUGUCCAUGCCGUGAGCGUCCUGAUCCGUCCUUGCUGUACAUAGCCCCAGUCGGCUCUGAGUGGAUGAUGUGCAGAUGCGAUCUCAGGUCAUUUGUAUGUAUGACAUUACGGCUGCUGCUUUUGCUGCCACUACCCCCGGGGCCCAACCUGACUUAAAGUCCAGGUUUUAAGCCAAAAAAAUGACGGGGGGCUUUCCUGUGUCCUGGGAUGGGGAGCCAGAGCUCUGUGGCAGGGUUGGAGGGUUGGGGUGCACUUUAGUUCUGUGGCAAGAAGAGAGCUGCAGCGGCUUUACUCUUGUGGUUGAGCCCGGCCUGGCUGUAGCUCCGGGGUCGGGGAAGGGGUCGGCAGUGGGCCACGGUGGUCCCAACACCUGAGUGCCCAGCCCCGGCCUGCCUGUCCUUGGGCCCUGCAGGAGGCGGUGCCACAGACUCUGGCUCGUCUCCCUACUCCCUACUCUCCCAGGUGGGGAGAACCUGGGGGGCUACAGUCUGAAUGUAACCCAUGCUGCCUGACGCACAGUGGGGGUGGGUGGGCCGGGGGAACCCAGGGCCGAAUCAUGGAUCCUGGGGAGGUCAGUGGAAACAGGAGUGAUUGUACCUCUGUGGAGGCCAGCUCCCUGCCUGUUCUGGCCACACAAGCACCUGCGAGGAGCUCUGGGGUGGCUGGGGGUCCUUGGGCCGGCGCUUGCUCUCUCCGCCUGCCUGGGCCAUGUCUCUGUGCCUGCUGUGGGAGGAGGCGGCCAUGCUGUGAGCCUGGGGGUGCUGUUCCGGCCGGCCUCUGCCUGAGGCUUUGAGGAGAGCUGCUUAUGGGUAUGGUCUGUCCAAACACCUUGUUUCAAAGGGAGUGGGCAUGAGCUAGCAAGCGAAGCAUCCCCACAGCUGAUCAAGAACUUUUCUUGUUUUUAAACCAUCACGUCUUCAUUUCACAUUGGAAUAAAGUGAGUUUUUGAAACCUGCUG